UAGAAGGUUAUUUCGUUUUUCGAAAGAAUAUUUUAUAAGAAUCUAAACAAUUAUUUUCUCGAUAGUAAUUAAUAUUUGAUUAACAAAAUUAAUCAAAAUUAAAAUAUAUUUAAUAAAUUCUAAGAUAUUUUCUAUUAUUUUUUAUUAAAAUGUGUCAUUCAUAAGAAAAGUGAAUUAUAUAACCUCUUUGAAAAGUUCAAGAUAAACUUUCAACAAGAAAAUAAGUUUUAAAUUUAAUAUUUAAAUUUAAUAUUUAUUGUUUUAUGAAGUAAUUUUGUAUUUCUCUGAUUAUAAGAUUUAUUAUCGUUGCUUUGUCCUUGCAUUGAGAAUAAUUUAUAUAUUAAUAAUGCUUCGAUUCUUAGCAUCUUUACAUUCUCAGACUUGCAAAGCGGUAUAUGUAGCAACAUCAAGUUUGGUGAAAACUAAACAACCGACGUUAGUAGAACAUGCUCGAAAUUUUUGUGUUAGUUCAAAACUUUUUUCUUGCCAACUUCAAAUUCAAAAACCUGCACCUGAAUUUUCCGGAACUGCUGUAGUGGAUGGCGAUUUCAAAGAAAUCAAAUUAAGUGAUUACAAAGGAAAAUACGUUGUUCUCUUCUUUUAUCCAUUAGACUUCACAUUUGUCUGCCCUACUGAGUUGAUAGCGUUUAGUGAAAAAAUUUCAGAAUUUAAAGCUUUAAAUACACAAGUAAUUGGAGUUUCUACAGAUUCCCAUUUUAGUCAUUUAGCAUGGACUAAUACACCGAGAAAACAGGGUGGAUUAGGUGGUAAUUUAGGUUAUCCUCUUCUUAGUGAUUUUAAUAAAGAAAUAUCAAUCAAAUAUAAUGUACUUCUCCAAGAAUCUGGAAUUGCUUUACGAGGUCUCUUCAUUAUAGACAAAGAAGGAAUAUUAAGACAGUUAAGCAUAAAUGAUUUACCAGUAGGUAGAAGCGUAGAUGAAACAUUGAGACUUAUCAAAGCAUUCCAAUUUGUUGAAAAACAUGGAGAAGUUUGUCCUGCUAAUUGGCAACCAGAUUCUAAAACCAUUAAACCAAAUCCAAAGGAUAGUAAACAAUAUUUUGAAUCAGUUAAUUAAAUAUUAAAAAUAAAUAUUUUCUAUAAGUAUAACUAAACUAUAACGAAUUGUAUAAUAAAAAGCAUGUAAUACAAAAAAUAUUAACAUAUAUUAUAAAAAUAUGAAAAAACGAUAAUUUACUUUUUACCUUUUAAUAUUUAAUUUUUUUAAAAAUAUUUCUCAUGUAAUUUUUUUUUUUUCAAGUAACACGUAUUGAAAAAUAUAAAAUUUAUCAACUGUAUAUUAUAUAUUAUAAUCGGGUUCUUCGCAACUUGUUCAAUACAAUAAAAUAUAUUGAGAGUAGUUUUAAUCAGAAGCAAAGGAUAUGAAUACUUGUAAUGCUGGAAUUAAAGAACAAAAGGGAGAGAAAAAAAAUAUAUAUAUAUAUAUAUAUAUAUAAACGGUUUCAUAUACAUGUAAUAAAAUGUGAAUAAUUCAAGAAUCGAAUCCGAAGUGCCGAUAUAAAAGGAAAAUCUUGCAUCUUGUAUUAAUUUAAUUUUUUAGGAUGAUUUUUUAGAAAGUAAUAGUGAUAGAUCAAUUUUUUUUUUUGGGAUAUACAAAAUUCAUUUGCAAUAUUGAUCAAUAUCAAAAAAGAAAGUCGAUUGUGAAAUUCAUGAGACCGCAUUUACGAUGAAUUUAUAAGAGAGAGCUUAUUAUUUCGUAAAGAAGAUACCGACGCCGGUAACGCCCCUAAAGGAAGGGAUAAAGUAACUAGAGAAGAGGGUCGGAAAACGGUGGACGUAUAAGAGCAGGAGACUGAAAAACUGAAAAGCGACGCCGGAGAUAAACGGCUCAUCCUUUCUCGCCCUAUAAAAUCCAAUCCUGUCCUUUACAAGCCGAAAUUUCAAGAUUAAACAUAUUCUCGCGAGAUCGAGAUAGCACAAAUUAACUUUUCAAGACUUCUUAUAUCUUAUAUGGUAAAUACUAUUUAUUCAUCGAAUAAAAUAUCAUUUGGAUGAUUUAAAAAUUAAAA